AUGGCGCGGGUGUCCAACCCUUGCCAUCCGGAUCUCCGGAUCUACGAGCCGAAUUUCGCUUCCGAGCAACCCCGGCUCAAGGAAGAGUCUAAGUCCAGAUCUUAUCUGCUGCAGAAAAUCCGCUCCUACUACGGCAAGGCGCAGAAGCUGCUCGGGCGCAGCCACCGCCUGCAGGGCCUCUGCGUCGGCCUCCUCGACCCGGCAUCCAACAUCGUGAUCAACAGUCUCAUCGAGCGCAAGCACGAGCGCGAGCGCGACCGCGACCAUAGAUCUACCACCUGCGAGGUUGUGGUAGAGGAUGACCUGAAGCGCCGGUCGCUUGACGGCAUGGUUGUCUUCCUCACCCGCUUAUUCCCCAACCUGUCGGAGGGCCUGGCCGUGCGCUACCUGCGACUCGCCAAGGCGGACGUCCUCAUUGCCGCCUGCAUCGUCGUGUCGGAUCAGUGCAUCGAGGGUUUCGAUGCCUCCGGCCCAGACGUCAUCAACAUGGCCCUCAGGUGCGCCGGGCUGGCCGCCAGGCACCCCGACGCCUACCGCUUCGUCUUCUCCUGGUGCAACAUCUCCAGCCGCAUAGACGACGCCCUGCGCCUCCUCGCCGCGUUGCACGAACCGCAAAGGUUGCGCCGCUCUGACGCCAUUAUUAAGCUCGUCCAUAUGCUUAACUAUGAACCGCCGUCCCGUGAAAGAGAUGUGUGGCUUGUGUGGCGGCUCGCAGAAGCUUCUUUUCGCCGUCGUCCCCGCAGCGCGCCGCAACUGCACACCAACUUGCUCAACCGGACGCUCCAGGACACCAUCCACGGGUACUACCUCCAGGCCCUUGCCCUGCUGCCACCAGGCUCUCGCUUCCACCGCAGCCUGAUUAAGGCCGGCUACUGCUACGGCCCGUUCGACCCCGUCUCCAACAUCAUCAUCAACACCAUCUGGUAUGAUGCCAAUUUCCCACCCUCCAUGAAACUCGAGCUGGAUGUCAUGGGCACGCGGAGCCUCCACAGGGUGGAGAACCGCUCCUUGUACGGCAUGGUCUCCUUCCUCUGCACACGUUACCAUGAACUUGAUUUCCAUCAAGCCGUGCGCUGCCUGCUCCAGGCAGAUGCCAACCUUGUGCUCGCUGAUCCCAACCUUGUGACUGAUACUAACCUUGUCUACGACUUUGGUAUCGUGAGAGAUGUGCUGAGGCAUGGACCAGCCUCUGCCUUUCGUUGCAAGCUCCAAACUCAAGCCCCCCCCAACACUGGUCUCACUGUAGGACACCCGGACACUGGUAUUGAGGAAGCCUUCUUGGCCGCCGCCACCGCGGCCUGUCACCCCAACCCAGACGCUCAAGCACAGCUUCUCACUUCUUGUUGCAAGGUGGACCCGAGUCCUGUCUUGUCUCUGCUGCCUAUUGACUCUCACAAGCUCUCCUUUCAAGAUUUAAGCCUGCUUGCCAGGUUUCUAUCUUGCAAUCCCCUCUAUGAGUAUGACAAGGCACUUCCACUUCCCCCAGUCCCCCUCAAAUGUUACCCACGUGCAGAGCUAGCGAGCCUGUAUACAGUCAUCUCCAAGGAGGUCAAUGCUCUGCUGAAUAAAUAUCAACAGAUGCCAAACGGGGAUCCCAAGUUCAAGCUUCAUAUGAUUUGUGUUGUGAAUGAUCGGGUCCGCGGCCCUGCUCCAUGGCCUCCUCAUCGCCAUGGCCACUCUCACGUCAACUUCGUGGCUACUUCCAAAAGCCCUGGUGGUGAAGCUCCUACUUUAUUUUUUGCUGAAAUUAAUGCUGACAACCGAAGCAUGUCCUUCUGUUGCCCUGUGGAUCUGCCGCCGCCAUGUGCUGCGCAAAUUCCUUGUAUUUACUGUGAAUCCAUGGGGACUCGAAUUGUGCAUCCGGUCGGGAUACACUUCACUGGGCGUGACUCGGAGUUUGAGAACAUGGCCUGUGAAAAAGACCCCCUUGGGUGUGUGUAUGCAACCAUGAGAAUCAUCAACCAUAGGCGUGGCAUGGCGGAGAGCGUCCAUGUUAACGUGAAAGAAGAUAGCCUCUAUGAUGGCAUGGAUGGGCACAAGAGUAAGUAUGACAUCGAGACGGGUUCCUUGAGCAUGAAAGAAUACGUGUUAUUGAUACCAGCUUUGAUAUGA